AAUUAUCUGUCAUUUCUCUCAGAAAAAAGUAGCGGCUAGUUUUGUUGUCGUCGUGUCGGAGUUCUAGUAUUUUGCAAAAGAAAUAUUGUAAAAGUCAAAAUAUUGUCAAAAUGACUAAAAAAGAAGAUAAAAAUCAAUCAAACGAAGAAGUGGUUAAAAUUAAUAAAUGGGAUGGCUCCGCAGUGAAGCAUGCACUCGAUGAUGCAGUGAAAAAUUGUUUAUUUUCCGAUCGUCCACAGCUUAAGGAACAAUUUGGUUUGAUAAACAUGCGUUUGGCUCUCUGCACACUUGCAGUUGGUGUCGCAGUGCUUGCACACGCUUGGGACUUCACCCAUCCCUUCCCGGAAUCUCGUCCUGUAUUGUUAUUCAGUGUACUUGCUUAUUUCGCACUCAUGGGCGUAUUAACCUUAUACACUACAUUCCGUGAAAAAGGCAUAUUUGCAGUGGCUAUACAGAAGGAUAACAAUGGUGGCGAGCGCAUCUGGGAAGCCAGUUCUGAUAUGAAAAAGUUCGAUGAUAAGUACAUAUUAACAUUUACGAUUAAGGACUCGAAAAAGAUGCGUGAGGCAACUAGCACUAAGUCUUGCGCUAGUUUUAUUGAUGAAAACGGUGUCAUUUUGGACAAUUUAGUUGCACAUGAAGUAAAUCGUCUUUAUAAUUCAGUUUCAGCAGAGAAAAAGGAAAAAUAGCUCAAUGUGGACGAAACAAACUCAGAAAACAUUGAAAUUGGCGAAACAGUUUAAUAAACAAUUGAUAAAGAAAUUGGCUGUUUGCAAAUAACAAUACAAUUUUUUCAUUUAUUUGGAAUAUUUUUAAGAUUAUUUCUUAAAUUAACAAAAGAAAACUGAUUUAAUAAAACUAUUUCAAAUUUUUGCUAUUGGCAAAAUAUUUCGUGAAUUUAUUUUUGUA